GAGAAGGGGGGUGUUAUGGUGCAGAAUGCUGCGCCACUUGCUCCGCCUCAACUCUUUCAUAUCAAUUAAAGAAACAACAGCGAAAUCUUUGGCAGAACUGAAAGUCAUUCCCACAGUGCACUGUCAGCACACGCAACAGUGCAGCCAUCGCUGGAACCAGUCAAGAACCGCCGCGACUCUCAGGAUGGCUGUCAAAGUUCAUAUAAUCUACUGUGGUGGAUGAGGGUACAGGCCCAAGUUCACCAAACUCAAGAUGUUGCUUGAGGAUGAAUUUCCUGGCGAACUUGAGAUUACUGGUGAGGGCACACCCUCUACCACAGGGUGGUUUGAGGUGGAAGUAGACGGCAUGUUGGUGCACUCAAAGAAGAAUGGAAAUGGAUUUGUUGACAGCGAUUCAAAAAUGAUAGCAAUUGUGAGUGCCAUUGAGAAGGCCAUGGGAAAAUAAGCAUGUGUGAUCAUAGAGUUUUUCUUCGCUUUGUGUUGGCCUCCUAGGCAGUGCAACAAUGAUGGUGACCUCCAAAGUGUUUUCAGCACGGAUGUUGCUUGAUGCUCUCUGCCCUUCCUGGGAGAAGACUCUCAGAGCGAGAAACUCCCUAUGUUAAACUGCUUUAGAUUAUGGCUUUAAUGGUUAGGGAUAUCAUUAAGGGAAACUAUAAAAUGAAAGAAUUUGGGUAGAACACGUCAAGUUUAAGUUCUUUUGCCUUUUUAUUGUUUUGUUUACCUUUGUUAUAACGCACAAGUUUAAAAAAUAUGUUGGCAUGUUAAAACGUUUUUCAUGCAAUAAAAAUAAUUUAAUAGUGAGAAA